GCCUCACUUAUGCGCACGCCGUGGACAUCAUGUUCAAUGCAGAGGUCAACGUCACAGAUGUGCUACUGGAACUGAUCUCAAUCACACACCUAGAGGGCGAACGCACGUCGACAAACACUGCAUGGAACGGUGAGAGUGAUGGCUCGCAUACACAAGUUGAAGACACAGAAACCGGAAGUAGCAUUGAGAAGAGUGAGAUAUUCAACGAAGACUUAAUGCGGGAUUAUAAAGCGCGAGAAGGGGCCGGUGAUGAUGGUUUAAUGGCCGCGGAGGUCGAAGUGGCAGUAGCAAAGAAUCAGAAUGAAAAUGCGCGGGAGGAGGAAAGUGUCGAUCAACCCGAUCGUGGCCGACUCAGAGCCGCUCAGGUGCUGGCGGACCUUGGGCACCUUGUGCGGACAGACAGAGAGUGGCAGCACGCAUCUGGCUGGACUCCCAAUGUCACCAAACUUGGGCGUUUGGAUGCAGUUGGUUAUAGUGGAAACAGUGCCGGUAUCGCAGCGGUUGAUCCUAAUAAGGAAACCCCGACGGCAACCUCUGGCCGUACAGAACCAGCGUUUGAGAUCGUACCCGGAUACAGUAACGAUACGAGCGUGAAUGUAGGUUCAGGUAGUACGUUGUACGCCACGGAGAAGUCAUACUUAGAGGCUGGAACAGGGACGCGACGUUUGGAGAAGGCAGAUGUGCUUGGCAGUGCACGCGGUAGUGUCUCGAUGGGCGGAGGGUUUGUGUUGGGAGCCAAGCGGGGCCAAGAUGUAUUGCAAACCGAUGUAUACCUACAUCCCCACACACACCCAGUAAGCGUGCAAGGCGCAUCGGGUGUUGGGGACCACACACAUGGGACUGUUGAGGGAGUUCGAUCGAAGGAUGGCGGUAAACUGGACUACCAGGAGUAUAAUGGCAAUACCAAGAGGCAAGUAUCAAUUGUUUGGUCAGACCUGUGA